AUGCCUGGUAAAAAAGGACAGAAGAGAAGGCUCAGGCGCUUUGUCUCCCCAUUCCGCAGGGAAUACAAGAAAGAAGGAUAUCACUGUGAUCUAUGUGACUGCUUUGUGGGCUGGUCAAAGGCGUCCGCAGCGGUGCACGAGGCGGGAAAGAAUCACAAGAAACUAGUGCAGGUCGUUCGAUGUAGGAAGAUAGACUACUAUGACUGUUCCAACGGGUAUUGUGGCCUCUGCAAGAAAUCCAUUGUUCCUGUUGUGGGAGGACCCAGCCGCCAUAGGAUGAUCAGGCAGCAUGGACACGGGUCAAACCACAAGCGCAGGUGGCAACAGCUCAAAGGAAAGCUUCAGGAAGAAGUUCUUUUACUCACCAUGGAUGAAACAGCUGAAGCGAUUGCAACAUUUGCAAGCAGUCGAAGAAUGGAAGUCCCCGACGAUUGCGUGUCAGCUGUUCUGAGUUUUGCUGGCCUUCCCAGAUUGCCACCAAUUGAACCAUGA